GUGUUUUUCCCAGCGUUCCCCGCGCUGCUGUCAUGGCCGCCUCCUUGUGCCGUUGUCCGCACAUGAGCUAAUAGGUCUGUGGGUGUAUUUAGUGUAACUGUCGCCACUAGACUUGGGAGCCUUUGCACUCUCUCUUUUGGAUUUCUUUUCUUCACUUCUGUGUGACUCGCGUAGGGACCAGUUUUGGCUGCAGCGAUGUCCGGGGCGUUGUGGACCCCGGAGCUGGCAGUUCUGAGGGGCUUCCCCACUGAGGCGGAGCGGCAGCAAUGGAAGCAGGAGGGAAUCACCAGUUCAGAGAGUGGAUCUUUCCUACAGUUGCUGCUAGAAGGGAACUAUGAGGCCAUGUUCUUCAAUUCAGUGACUCAAAAUAUUUUUAAUUCAACAAUGAAGACUGAAGAAAAGAUUGAUAGCUACCUGGAGAAGCAGAUAGUCACAUUCCUGGAUCAUUCAAUAGAUUUGGACAAAACAGAAAGACAGCAGCUGAUAUUCCUACUUGGUGUGAGUAGUUUGCAACUAUUCGUUCAGAGUAACUGGACGGGGCCACCUGUGGACUUACACCCUCAGGAUUUUUUGCCAUCUGUUUUGAUGCAGCAAUUCAAUGAGGUCAAGGGACUGGAUGCGGUUGUUCUGAGUAUGCUCAUUCUGGAUGGUGAAUCCGUCUACAGUCUGACAUCGAAGCCCAUACUGCUGUUAUUAGCACGCGUUAUCCUUGUGAACCUAAGACACAAACUGACAGCUAUUCAGAGCUUGCCUUGGUGGACCCUGAGAUGUGUGCAUAUUCACCAGCAGUUGCUUGAGGAGCGCUCACCUCAGCUCUGUGCUCUUGCUGAGAACUGCAUUGCUGAAGUGAUGAAACUAGAGAAUCUUUUUGUGGGUGAUUCAGGUCGAUAUUUGGCUAUUCAAUUUCAUCUGGAAUGUGGUUAUAUAUUUUUAUAUUAUUAUGAGUAUAAAAAGGCAAAAGAUCAGUUCACUAUUGCCAAAGACAUUGGCAAAUUACAAAUUGAUUUGACAGGUGCUUUGGGGAAAAGGACACGUUUCCAGGAAAAUUAUGUGGCACAACUGAUUGUGGAUGUAAGAAGGGAAGGAGAUGUCCUUUCAAAUUGCGAAUUCAGUCCAGCACCCACUCCUCAGGAGCGUUUAACAAAGAAUCUUGAGCUCAAUGACGACACAGUUCUGAAUGAGAUAAAGUUAGCAGACUGUGAACAGUUUCAGAUGCCUGACCUUUGUGCUGAGGAGCUUGCUGUUAUCCUUGGAGUCUGCACAAAUUUCCAAAAGAAUAACCCAGUGCAUAAGUUAACUGAAGAGGAGCUGCUGGCAUUUACAUCAUGUCUGCUUUCACAACCAAAGUUCUGGGCCAUUCAGACAUCAGCCUUGAUCCUCAGGACAAAACUUGAGAGAGGAAGCACUCGGCGUGUGGAACGGGCAAUGAUGCAGACACAGGCUCUUGCAGACCAAUUUGAAGAUAAAACGACAUCUGUAUUGGAACGCCUGAAGAUUUUCUAUUGUUGUCAAGUACCACCACACUGGGCCAUUCAGCGCCAACUUGCAAGUUUGCUCUUUGAGUUAGGAUGUACCAGUUCAGCCCUUCAGAUAUUUGAGAAGCUAGAAAUGUGGGAAGACGUUGUCAUUUGUUACGAAAGAGCCGGCCAGCAUGGAAAGGCAGAAGAAAUCCUUAGGCAAGAGCUGGAGAAAAAAGAAACACCAAGUUUAUACUGCUUGCUUGGCGAUGUCCUUCGAGACCACUCUUGCUAUGACAAGGCCUGGGAGCUGUCCCGGCACCGCAGUGCUCGUGCACAGCGCUCCAAAGCGCUCCUUCAUCUUCGGCACAAAGAGUUUCAGGAAUGUGUGGAGUGCUUUGAACGCUCGGUGAAGAUUAAUCCCAUGCAGCUCGGGGUUUGGUUUUCUCUAGGCUGUGCCUAUUUGGCCUUGGAAGACUAUGGAGGUUCAGCUAAAGCCUUUCAACGCUGUGUGACUCUAGAACCUGACAAUGCUGAGGCUUGGAACAAUUUAUCAACUUCCUAUAUCCGAUUAAAACAAAAAGUAAAAGCCUUUAGAACUUUACAAGAAGCUCUCAAGUGUAACUAUGAACACUGGCAAAUCUGGGAAAACUACAUUCUCACCAGUACUGAUGUUGGAGAAUUUUCAGAAGCCAUUAAAGCCUACCACCGGCUCUUGGAUUUAAGAGACAAGUACAAAGAUGUUCAGGUCCUUAAAAUUCUGGUCAAGGCAGUGAGUGAUGGGAUGACUGAUCGAGGUGGAAAUGUUGCAACCAGUCUCAAAGGAAAGCUGCAGGAGUUAUUUGGCAGAGUAACUUCAAGAAUGACAAAUGAUGGAGAAAUCUGGAGGUUAUAUGCCCAGGUCUAUGGAAACGGGCAGAGUGAGAAGCCAGAAGAAAAUGAGAAGGCAUUCCAGUGUCUCUCGAAGGCGUACAAGUGUGACACACAGUCCAAUUGUUGGGAGAAAGAUAUUACAUCAUUCAAGGAAGUCGUUCAAAGAGCCUUAGGACUUGCACAUGUGGCGAUAAAAUGCAGUAACAGCAAAUCUAGUCCCCAAGAAGCUGUGCAAGUGCUCUCUUCAGUUCGGCUCAACUUACGUGGCUUGUUAUCUAAAGCAAAGCAGCUUUUUAUAGAUGUGGCAAGUGGAGAAGUCUCCAUGGAGUUAGCUGAUGAAGUUGCAGCUAUGGAUGCUUUAGUAACAGAACUCCAAGACCUAAGCAACCAAUUUCGAAAUCAGUAUUGACUGUGCUGGGAGCAGUUUCUGGAGAAGGCUUAAAAAAAUGUUAUAUACCCCAAGGAACCAGUACCUGUGAGAAAGACCAAUAAAAUGAAGUAAUAGUAUAAGUUAACAAUAAGGCUCCAUUGAAGUGUUUUGUGGAAGCCAUUGAACAAUAGGUGGGUAAGUGGAUA